AUGAAGCCUUCAUUAUUUUUAUUACCUUUUCUAUUUUUAACACCAUUUGUUGUUGAUUCUAUUUUAAGCGAUGAGGAUGAAAUGGAUGCACAUGAUCGUGGUGCCCACACUUAUCGUUUCGAUCUAAAUCGUGAACCUUACGAACAUUAUCAUGAUUUUGGAUCAAAUCAGGCAGAAACAUCUAAUGCUUCCCACAACCGUCGGAGACACCACUACAACCGUUCACGAAAUGAUCGUCACGAUCGUUAUCGAGAUUCCGACACAGAAACUAGUGACACCGAUGAGGAAUCUGGAAGUAGAAGAAUUCACUUAGGUCAUGAUGGAUAUGAACCAUUUCAUGCAUACAAUCCUCAACAACAUCAUCAUGAAUUUGGUUCAAAUCAUGCAGAAUCAUCUAAUGCUUCCCUCAGCCGUUCUAGAAAUAAUCGUUACAACCGUUCUCAAAAUAGAACAAACGAGUCGGCAUAUAAUUAUAAUAGGAGAAGAAUGCUCUCAUUUAAUAGAAGAAUGGCUUAUGAUCGAGAGUAUAUUCAAAAUUUGCAUUUAAAUUACAACCGUAAUUUAUCUUUAUAUUCACCUCAACAGCAACAAAUCAACUCAGGUAGCACAAUUAUUAUAAGUACUUUUAAUUCCCGUAAAAAUAUUAAAAUCUUUAUUUAUUCUAAAAUAAAAAUAAACAAGGAGUAUGCAACAGUGAUAAAUUUUUUUUUCAUCAAAAUAAAUAAUUUAUUUGAUAAAAUGAGCAUUAUGCUUUUUAAUAGUAAUUGUCAUAAAAUUUAA